AUGGCCAUCCUCAGUGAGCAAGGCCUGAGAACUUUCCGGAAGCCCCAUCUGUGUGCCAUGAGGCUUAGGGUUGCCACUGGGGCUUUAAGUGUUUGGUACUUUACGACUGUCCUGAGGAAGCCCUGCAGCUCCGAGAAAUCCCCGGCAGAGAACGAGGUGCAUGUGCUGAGUCAGCCUGUUUCCUCUCUGCCCCCAGCCGUGCCAGCACUGCCCCAGGCUUCCCUGUGCCCACCGUUCUGUGUGGAGUUCAAAGGUCACGGCUAUCGAUUUCUCCCUCUCAGUCAGACCUGGGCCGAGGCUGACGCGUGCUUUGAGUUCUCUGCCAUCAGGAAGUCCACCAAGCUGGCCCCUCUUCACAGCUGGGAGGAGAGUGUCUAUGUUCCUGGGAUCCCAGCUGACACCUGGACGGGCCUUCACGACCAUAGACAGUGGCCGCCAGAAAUGAGAUCAUGGAAUGAUAACACCUGCAACCGGAUUCCUUUUGUCUGCAAGAUUGCGUCUCUGACCAUUCAUUGA